AUGGCUAGACCACAAUAUGAUGAUCCUCGUCUCCGUCAGAUACCGGGUCUCACCUUCCCCAUUCUCAAUGGACAGAAAUAUGUCUGCGAUGGGAGUCGCUGCGUACGACUUCCGACAAAAUAUGAGAGUAAGUUUGUGUGUCUGCGUUUCACUUGGCAUGCUUUAUUCUGUUUUGACAUAGCGGGGUUUGUUAGAAGCAGGGGUAGGGGAUAGACAAUUUAUGCCUUUAGAUGAAUUUGCUAGUGUUGACUUAAUAAACUACCUGCGCAUGUUCUCUUUCCAUUUGCAGUGUACAUGGCCAAGGAGAGAGCGGCCUCCAAGUCUGAACGCAUCCGACGAACAAAUUGGGAGGAGGAAGUGUAA